AUGGCUGUGCUGGCGAGCGUGUGGGCGCCGCUGUUCUGGAUCGGGAAGCCGCUGGGCGUGUUGCCGCUGAGCCUGGACAGGGAGCGAUUCCUGGUCAGCCGCUUGUCCUUUGUCUACACGUUUUGCGGCGCCGCGUGCUUCGUCCUGGGCGGAUUCCAAAAGACGGCCGCCGUCCUGCGCAAGGUCUUCGUCGAGCCCCUCGACGGCCAGCAAAUCCUCACCUUCGUCUCGCACUCGAUCGUCAACGCGUUCGCCCUGCUCAACGUUUACUUCUCCACAAAGUGCGCCCGCAGAUUGGCCGCCAUGUUCAACGAGCUGCACGCCCUGGCCAAGGUCACGAAACGCGUGCCCACCCUGAGCACGGCCGCCCACGUCAGGACGCUCGUCCUGCUGCUCCAGGUCGCCGUUUUCUUCAACUACAUGUUCUUCGCCCUCUACGAAAAAUCAUCGCAAGGCGUGUCCGAGCUGGUGGUGUCGGCGCUGCGGGUGCUGAGCCUGACGAGCAUCACGUGCAUCGGCAGCCACUUCUGCGCGCUGUGCCUGGUGCUGCGCGCCCUCGUGCGGGCCGUCAACGCCGAGCUGGCCCUGCUGCUGGCCCGCGAGGCCCACUCGGACGGGCCCACCCUGCUGCAGCACCAGCUGCUCCGCCUGCGCUUCGUCUACGCCAAGAUCUUCGACAUCUGCGUCGACAUGAACAACGUCUUCGGCAUCUUCGUGCUGCUGGCGCUGACGCAGUACAACAUUUACAUCCACGUCGAGGUGUUCACCCUGCUGCGGCUGCUCGUCGACGUCACCGCCAACCCGCUCAACACGUGGCUCUUCAGACACACGCAGGCCCUCACCUGGGCCGUCGUCAACGUCGCCAAGAUUCUCGCCUACUUUGUCUGCUGCUCUCUCGUCCUUUCCGAGGUUUCAAUUUCAUCCUUCUUUCAAAUAUAA